AUGAGAAACGCCCUCCUCGCCGCCGCGGGCCUCGCCGCGGUGCGAUCCGUCGCCGCGGACUACGACGCCACGAUCUGCGGCAAGGAGAACAAGUUCACCAGCGACGACACACAAUUCAUCUUCCAGUCAAACGCCUGGGCCCCAGUCGGCGACGGCUUCCAGUGCGUCUCGAUCGACCAGUCCGUCCCGGCCUUCGACGCCUCGUGGUCCUGGGACGAGAACAAGGAAAACGUCCACUCCUUCCCCCACGUCCGCUUCAACUCGACCAAACUCCCCACGCGCCUCGACGCCAUCAAGACGUUCCGCCUCGCCACGCAGUGGACCAUGACCAAGGGCAACCCCUCGUCAUCCUCGGGGACGCGCGACUUCGCCGCGUCGUCCUGGGAGGAGAACAAGGCGGAGCUCAAGGCCGACGGCGUGGUGGCCAACGCGGCCUGGGACUUCUUCGUCGACAAGAACAAGAGCCGCACGUAUAACCCCGUCGACGCCGAGGCCGAGAUCAUGAUCUGGCUGGGCAAGGUCGGGGACCCGUACCCGCUGAUGGGUGAUUCGAUCCUGACCAACAUCACGCUGGGGUCGACGGAGUUCUCCUUGUGGUACGACACCAACCAGCGCGACCAAAAGGUCUUCACAUGGGUCACGCGCGACGGCUCCGACGUGAACCAGUUCGACGAGGACGUCGCGCCGCUGUUCAAGUACGUUCUCGAGUCCGGCGAGAUCGACGAGGACUCGUGGCUCGGCCUCGUCGAGUUCGGCUCCGAGGCCUGGCACUCCCCGGACAACAUCACGUUCAGCGCCGCGCACUUCAGCAUGGACCUCGACAAUGGCGACAGUGGCUCCGGCGACAAGAACGCGGCGGGCGCGCUGGGACUGUCUGCGUGGUUGUUGGUGGCGCCGGCGGUCUUGGUGGUGGCUGGGUUCUUCUAG